AUGAAGAUAAUGAAAAAUAAGAAAUAUAAUCUAAAUACCGUUAAAACUUUGCAUCGGAGAUUAGAUUUACAUUUGGAACGUAUUCGUUCCAUAAAAGAAGCAAUUAAGUUGUAUGAAAUAAGAAAUGGACUUAACAAUCUUAAGCUUGUAUGUGGAGAAGUGAUCGUGAAAGUGAAGAAGAUGAAGCAUUCACUAAAGCCGAAAAAAAUCAAUAUCAUUCAAGAUGUUGUAAUUCAGACAGCCCGCCAUGCCGAAAAUGAGAAACUGGCCGAUUUAACGGCCGAGGAAUUGGACGAAAUAAAAUCCAUUCGGCAAGAAGCGUCCACUUCUAAGGCCAUAGAAGUAAGGGAAGAGCCUUCAGAGACGCCCUCCCAGCUGUCCAUUGCACUAGACGAGCCAUGCGUUCCUUUAACGCUCUCAUUAUUUGAGGGUUUGGAAACGCGUGGCAAAAACAUGGGUUUACUUUAUCACGUCUGUGGCGUGACGAAGGAACAAGAAGAAGGGCAGGAGGAGGAGGAGGAGGAGGAGGAGGAGGAGGAGGAGAAGCAAGCGGAGCAGCAACAACAACACCGAGAUAAAGAAGACGAGGAAGAGUUCCAGGCACCAUCCACGGCGUCGGAGCUGCUGUCGUCCUUCCGUUGGAAGUGUCGGGCGGCGGAACAAAUUCAAAAGGUGCCCCGAAGUGACCUGUUACGAAAAAAAGCCAAGUAUGAAAAAGACGUGAAAAGAUACUUCAACAAAGUUUGCGAAUUUCAGAGACUAUUGGCAGAACGAAAAACGCAACUCGCGGAAGUGAACAAAAAACUUAUCCACUGUGAAAGUAGUGCGAAAGGGGUGAAAGAAUUAAUGAACAAAAUAAAUUUAGUGUAA